UCAAGAUAAUAAAAAUAAUAAUAAAACUGUCUCUGCUCUUCUAGUCCCUUGGCGAAACAGAAACGAUAGAGCGAGAGCGAAAACGAUGUCGGAUCCAUACGAGAGAGUGACAGGAGGGAGACUCACCUUCAAAGGAGGAAGCUUAGCAACGCUAAGCAAAGGAAUCGAAAAGAAAAGGAAGAAAAAGAAGAAGCCGGUGGUUGACACGGUGGAGGACGCCGCACCAGUGGCGGAGAAUUUGGUAUCUGAUGCUGGUGAGAUAAUUUAUACGAUUGACGCGGCGAAGAAAAUGAAGUACGAGGAAUUAUUUCCUGUGGAGACGAAGAAGUUUGGGUAUAGCGAGAAGAAGGAUUUGAAAUCUGUUGAAGAUGCUCUUGAUGAUCGGGUUAAGAAGAAAGCUGAUCGUUACUGUAAAUGAGGUUAUAGAGACAGAAGAUGAAUUGUUCCCUGAUCUUGAGACGAAGCUGUGACAAAGCUGCAAAACCACCUAAUACACUCAUUGAUGUUGAGCGGAUUAAGAUAGGAAGUCUUUUGGCAGGCUAGAACAACCACCUCAUUCACUGUAGUAGAAUUUCGCUUUUUGUCUUUAAGGUGUGAUUGAUCUUAAUAUUUUGAAGAUAACAAGCAUUAUGAUUGAAGAGUUAAAAUUGCUUAUCUACAAAAACAAAACGUAGUGUCUGCCCUGCUAACUACAGAAAGGUAGACAGUGUAGAGAAACUUCUACAUGGAGCUUGUUAAUUUUCAGGCACUAGUAAGAUGCAUGGCAAUUAAUGUCUUCAUAUCCCAUAGUGUUCUGUUGUAGUAACAAAUUAAAUGUCAGAAGUGAACUUUUGAUGAUUUA